UGCUGUGAGCAGCGCAUCCCGCCGGGAGACGACCACCCCCGCCAUCCGCAUCCCCAUCCGCAUCCCCAUCCCCAUCCCAGCCCCGCAGGAAGGCUGGCAGGCGGGCAGCGGCAGCCGGGCGCGCCCGGGAGUCCGUCCAUGCGCCGCUGAGCGGGAGCGGGAGCGGGAGCGGCCCCGGCCAUGGGGAAUGGACUGUCGGAGCAGGCGUCGAUCCUGUCCGGCCUGCCGCCCUUCCACCACUUCCACAUCGUCAUCCUGGGCCUGGACUGCGCCGGGAAGACCACGGUCCUCUACCGGCUGCAGUUCAACGAGUUCGUCAACACCGUCCCCACCAAGGGCUUCAACACGGAGAAGAUCCGGGUGACCCUGGGCAACUCCAAGACGGUCACCUUCCACUUCUGGGACGUGGGCGGGCAGGAGAAGCUCCGGCCGCUGUGGAAGUCGUACACGCGCUGCACCGACGGCAUCGUCUUCGUCGUGGACUCGGUGGACGUCGAGAGGAUGGAGGAGGCCAAGACGGAGCUGCACAAGAUCACCCGGAUCUCGGAGAACCAGGGCGUCCCCGUGCUCAUCGUGGCCAACAAGCAGGACCUGAGGCACGCGCUGUCGCUGGCCCAGGUGGAGAAGCUGCUGGCCACGGGGGAGCUCAGCUCUUCCACCCCCUGGCACCUCCAGCCCACCUGCGCCAUCAUAGGCGACGGCCUCCAGGAGGGCCUGGAGAAGCUGUACGACAUGAUCGUCAAGCGGAGGAAGAUGCUGCGGCAGCAAAAGAAGAAAAGAUGAGCCCCGAGCGGGGACCGGGGUGACGUCGAGGCCCGGAGUUGGUUUAGACGGUCUCCUCUGGACCGGCCGAAGGGUCGACAAAGCCCGGUCCUUCUGCUUGGGCGGAGGGGGCGGGGAGGACGUUUGCCGAUUCUUUCCUUUUUUUAGUAUUAGUUUCUCUUCCUUCUCCUCCUCCUCCUUUUCCACGCGUCCCCCCACCACCACCCCCCGGCGUGUUCGUUUCGGAAGCCAGUCGAGGGCUCGGCCGGCCGGGAAGCGGACGGCGAAAUCCGACCUCGGCUUCUCGAGUGGCCAAAUAAAAGGACGGAGAGUUUUA